CCUGGCUGCUACAUAAAAUAAUCUCUCAGAUCAGAUCACCCUAGUAAGAAUAAGGAGCCAGCGUUGCAAAGAGCAGAAGGAAAACCCAGUUCUGAGUCUGGAAAGCAAUGGAUUUAUUUAGGGAACAGGAAGCAGGCCAGUGUAGCUAAGUAGUAGGGUUGGGGGAAGGGAACUGGAGGACUCUCAAGCUUCAUAAGUGGGAGGGGUAAAGCCUGCCCGCAUUCUCCAAAUGGUACCUUCCUUAAAUUAUAUGACACAUAAAGAGGGUAAGGACUUGUUUGGUGUUUUUUUCUUCUGAGCAAAAUUUCAAUUCAGCACAAAAAUGUGUUCAGAGCUGACCAUGUACCAGUCACACCAGUGUAUCAGCUCAAAAAACCAAAGAGUUGUGUAUAUCAUAGAUUCUUAACUCCAGUGACUCACCGGCUUUCUCCAUCACUUUUCUCUUCUUUGUCCCUCCCCCUUCAAACCUCCCUGUCCAGUGUGAGCGCCCUGUCAGCAGCUGCCUCAUUCACCACCUCCUGAGUCUACCAUUCAGCAGCUGCUUUGUCUGGGGAGGAGUAAAGGGGGCUAUGCAGAGGAACACUGGAGGAAAGGGGCUAAGCGAACACAGAAGGCCCUACUCCAGCUCUGGAGAGCAGAAGGCCCCAGAACCAGAGACCAGUUGCAAAUUGUGCUGUUGUUUUUUAGGGUCUCCAGGGCCAGAGCUCAUCAGGAAGGAAGACAUGGAGAAGAAGGAAGGGAAGCCCUCUGAAGAUGGGAUCACUGCUUCCCCAACUUCAGGGGACCCUGGGACACCAAGGGGUGGAGUCUCUGCCAAGGAGGUGACCAACAGCACAGCAGAGUCAGCCAUCAAAGAGGGGCCUCCUGAUGGGGCAGAAAAACAAGGAAAAGCAGCACCUGAGGAUGGCAUUUCAGUGGAAUACCCAGAGGAAGCAAAUGGAUUAGAUACAGACAAGGAAGAAUCUCAGACGGAGGCCAGCGGGAAAGAGGAAACUGAGGCUGAACUUGUAGAGGAAGGUGGAAAGAAAGAGGUCAUAGUGGUUUCUCAGGAGGAAACUGACAAGAAAGAAGAGACCAAACCUGAAUCUAAGGAGGUUAAGGAAAAAGAGGAGGCCACAAUGGCCUCAGAGAAGACAGACGAGAAAGAGGCGACGCACGAGUCUGAAGAGACAGUGGACGUGAAUGAAGAAGCCAAGUCCAAAUCCUCAGAGGCUGUUGAGGCAGAGGCUAUCGACAAAGAGAGUAAGACUGAAUCUCAAAAGAAGGCUGAUGUAAAAGAUGAUGCUGAGGCUCAACUUCGGGAGGUUGAUGGGAAAGAUGCUGAAAGUGAUGCCAAGGAGUUGGUGGAGCCAGGGAGUGCCACUGAGGAGCAGCAGCCUGGCAGGGAGAAAGAAUCAGAGGAAGGAACAGCAGUGAUCCCCAGCUCCCCAGAAGAGUGGCCUGAGAGCCCCACAGAUGAGGGCCACAGCCUCAGCCCAGAUGGGUUGGGUCCAGACUUGACAGCUUCUGGAGAGACCAGUCCUUCAGCCAGUGAGUCUUCACCCAGCGAUGUGCCCCAGAGCCCCACAGAGCCCCCACCCACGGAGGAGAAGAAGAAAGAGAGGGCACCAGAGCGCAGGGUGUCAGCUCCGGCCCGUCCACGGGGACCCCGUGCACAGAAUCGCAAAGCCAUCGUGGACAAGUUUGGCGGGGCAGCCUCAGGCCCCACUGCCCUGUUCCGAAACACAAAGGCAGCCGGGGCAGCCAUCGGUGGCGUCAAGAACAUGCUUUUGGAGUGGUGCCGAGCCAUGACAAGAAACUACGAGCAUGUCGACAUCCAGAACUUCUCCUCCAGCUGGAGCAGCGGCAUGGCCUUCUGUGCCCUCAUCCACAAGUUUUUCCCAGAUGCCUUUGACUACGCGGAGCUGGACCCCACGAAGCGCAGGCACAACUUCACCCUGGCCUUCUCUACUGCGGAGAAAAUGGCUGACUGUGCCCAGCUGCUGGAGGUAGAUGACAUGGUAAGGCUGGCUGUGCCUGACUCCAAGUGUGUCUACACCUACAUCCAGGAGCUGUACCGCAGCCUUGUGCAGAAGGGCCUCGUGAAGACCAAAAAGAAAUGAGCAGAUGGGGCCCAGCUGACAGCUAUGACCUCGAGGUCAAGUCUGCUUACCACGCAGUAGAACCCAAGUGCACAUGGCACCAGUGUCAAUGACAUUAAAAGUACUUUUGCAAAAUCUAUCUUGUUCCUGAGUACACACACACACACACACACACACACACACACACACAC